ACCACUUUGGUGGCUACAAACCUGCCCACGACGUGACUUGAAAAGUAUUUACAAGUUUCCAAAGAAAAUUUUCAAGAAGAUUUUUUAGGGGUAAUACAUAAUGUAAAAAAUCAUCCAAUCAUGUUUCAAUCGAUUCUCGACAACUCCCAUUCUCUGAGUGAAAUCCCGGCUUUAAAAUGGACAUCGACAGAGAUAAACGCAUCGAUUUCUACCGCAACAAUCUUAAAUUUAUCUUCGAUACAACGAUCGCAAAACAAUUUAAGAGAUUGGGGACCAAAACGCGAUCCCCUUUACAUCGUAAUUCCAAUUACGAUCAUCUACACGAUAAUAUUCUUUGUUGGUGUCAUCGGAAACAUAAGCACGUGCAUCGUAAUAGCAAGAAAUAAAUGUAUGCACACUGCGACGAAUUAUUAUUUAUUUAGUUUAGCAAUAUCUGAUCUUUUGCUAUUAAUUUCUGGGUUACCACCUGAAAUUUAUUCAGUUUGGUCAAAAUAUCCAUACAUUUUCGGCGAAGCUUUUUGUGUUUUACAAGGAUUUGCAGCUGAAACAUCGGCGAACGCAACAGUUUUAACGAUUACGGCGUUCACAGUUGAACGUUACGUUGCAAUUUGUCAUCCUUUUUUAUCACACACCAUGUCCAAAUUAUCACGAGCAAUAAAAUUCGUUAUGGGAAUUUGGUUUAUAGCUAUGUUUUUAGCAAUACCACAAGCAAUCUCGUUCGGAAUCGUUUACGAGGAAGAUUCGUUUCAGCGGCGACGGGAAGAUCAUUACGUAUGCAGUGUUAAAAGGAUCAUCGUUCCCCAUGCCUUUGAAAUAUCAACAUUCGUUUUCUUCGUGUUUCCAAUGAGUGUCAUAACGGCUUUGUAUGUUUUGAUUGGUUUACAAUUAUACCGAUCGACAACUGUUAGACCUUCGAUAAGAUCGAAUAGUGUGAAAUUGAAACAUCGAAUAUGUAAACCAACCGUUGCUUAUUCGAGCAGUAUACCGCAGGCGGUGCUUAUUGUAAACGGAGAAAAUGACGUCGAAAGACAAGAAGAGGAGGGGAGGAAAAAUUUUUCCAGAAAUGCUCAAGCUACGAAACAUGUUGUAAAAAUGCUUGUUGCAGUUGUAGUUGCUUUCUUCAUCUGUUGGGCUCCGUUUCAUGCUCAACGACUUCUGGCUAUUUACGGAGACCCGAGAACUUCAGACAUGAUAACCGCAUUUCGGGUGUUGACUUACGCCAGCGGUAUCCUCUACUUUUUAUCAACUACAAUCAACCCAUUGCUCUAUCACAUUAUGUCACAUCGAUUCCGAGAAGCUUUUAAAGAUACAUUUAAUCGUUUUUUUCGUAGAAAGAGACGCCCAAAAGGAAGCACUAGAUGUUACACUACGCUAUCAGGUAGAUCAUCCCAAAUUAACAGUCACAGUAACACGGACUCCUGCAGCCGACAAAGUUCUUUAAGAUACCUCGAUUCGGACAUCAGUGGACGUUUAAAAAAUUCAAAACGCCCAUUAGUCGUUUCAUUUAAACGAAAACGACCAACUCAUUCCUCCAAAAGGACCAACUCUAAGCAAGUAUUUUUCGAUGUUGAUCUCCAAGAAGCACUUGAUAACUUAAAAUUACCACCGACAUCAAACGACAACGUUUAUUUUCGAAAUUCACUUUUCGACGAUGAAACUCAAGUUCAAUUGGAGCCGAAACACGUUUGUUGUUCCUCGCGGAUUGAGGACAUUGAGAUUUUCCAAGAAGGACAAAUGAAAAUCUUGAAGAAAAAGGAUGGUUUAAAUUUGGUUUUUAACAGAUCUUUUAACAACGAAGAAGGUGGUUCCAUGACGAAAUCUUGCACGAUGCCACAAAUAAUUUAUGGCGAAAAUUUGUGCGUUUCUAAUCGAUGGAAUGAAUUUAAUGGUAAAUGUGAAGUUGAUCGUAGUGGAAGUUGUUCCCAAUUGGAGUUUGUUAAAGAAAACGAUAGAAACUCAAGAAAUGAUGGGAUUAUUAUUCAAGUUCCGUAAACAAAUUUUUUUGUAUGUUAAAAAAGACUGAUGAUUCGUUUAGAUGUAAUUCGAUGUAUUUUUGUAUGUAAACAAAUUGUUAGCGAUUAUAUUAAGGUUGUACAUUAAACUAUGAAUGUUUGUUGUUGAAUGGAAUCAAUAAAUAAUAAAAAAACUUUGA